AGAUAUGUGUUGAAUCUCUUUUGUUUUAUACUCUUUGUACGAGAUUCAUAGCACGCGCAGAGUUGAUACGAAUCUUUUAGGUUAUGAUCUUGGACCAUAGAUACUACGUGGUUAUGAUGAGGAAUGUGAACUGCUUUGGAACUGUGUAGCUAUGUUGUUUAGCGUUGAAGUGUGACGACGAAUUUGAAGUUUUGUUUUGAAAUUCUCUUUCUAUGGUUAGAAUGGUUUAAUAACUUUGAGUACACAUCUAAACUCUGUGUAAUCUACUGAUAACUCGUCUCAUGGAUACUACAAAUGAAAGGACCGUCGUAUGUUGCAGGUCUCAGGAGCUUCAGCUGGUUGUCAGCAACAGUGCCGGUGAAUUAUGUGGACUUCAAAAGAAGUUGCUAUCAUCAUACCAAGAACCACAGAAAUACAGACAGGAAGGAAAGGGAGACCAUAAAUUUUACAUUAAGAAACAAAAGUUCACAUCUGUAGACAGUCAAAAUGAGGGAGGUAACAGUGGCCCAUCUGAGGAUGAAGAGGAGCAGGGAAGCAUUCUGGAAGGAGGGGAAACAGCAGUCGAUUCCAAUACUCACAAGUCUGAAGCUACAGAUAGAGAGCCAGGUUACUUGAACUUCGGCUUUCAGAAGUUCUGUGAAGAUGAAGAACAGUCUAGAUAUCUACUGAAUGCUGAAAAGAUAGACUGGAGUGAAGAAUUAAAGUUUUUGGACGAAGUAGACAAGAGUAAACUAGAAGAACCUGCAACAAGCUCAAAGAUUGAAGAACUGCUCAUGUGCCCACCAGAGAAAGUAGAACGAUUAUCCUAUAAGACACGUAAGGUGAAGGGCAGUGCAGUACCUCACAUCCUCACCAAUGAAAGAAUGUACUGCACAAAUUCAGCAGCGCUAAUUCAGGAACAGGUUAAGUGGGUGAAAACAGAAAUUUCACAUGAAAAGGAUCUGUUGUUGCAGUGUGACAUAAAAGGGGCUGUGAGCUGCAGUGAGGACAGUGACCCUUGUGAUGAAGCACAUGGUAUGAAAAUAGGGCUGAAGAUGAACAGUGAGGUUUUUAUUGCAAAAGAUAAAGUAUCUGACUUGCAACAAAGCUCCUUUGGGAUUAAAAAGUUAACUCUGUAUGAAGCAACACAGUCUGGUAAACUUAGUGAACUAAAUAAGCAGAAUGAAGGGGGCAAAAGGGUGAAGACAUGGGACCAUGAAGUAUCUGGAAAUAAUUCUGGGCCUGUAGUUAAAUGUGUUUGUCUCACCAAUAUUUCUGGCUGUGCCUCUACAUACACCUCUCAUAUUUCUCAUCCCAAAAUGGGGUUUAGAUGGGUGGAUGAGAAGUGUCCAGAAAACAAUUGUCUGUCACUUUUCAAAGAAUUGCAGACAACAGUCAGGAUGCAUCUUGUCUAUCAGCAAAAUAUUUUGCAGCAGUUGGUGUGGCCAGUUUGUGGUACUAGCAUGAUGUGUGUGCCAUUUUCUCUACUUGGCAAGCCAGUGGGAACUGCUGGUAUUCAUACAGACUGUAAAAUGUGGAUGUGGGGUGGAAGCUCUGCUGCAAAACUCAGUGUGAAUGUGGCAGAAUACUUACUUCAGUGGUCUUUGAAAACCAGCCAGACGCUGAAUGACUUAAGUGUUACAUUGUGUACAUAUUUAACUAAGAGUCAGACAGACCUCCUCCAUGAAACAUUAAUAUCAUUACCAAAAAGGAAAGAAUUGCUGUCUACAGAGCAAAACAAUGGCACCUCAUCCCAAAUCAUAGCUGUGGAUGGAAACACCAUUAGAGUACAGGGAAAUGAUGUGCCAGAUGUGCAGAAUGAAGAGAAGGAGCAAAAACCUGUGGACUGUGGUUUCCUGUUAUUCUCUCCUGUGUGGAGUAAUUUAUGUGAUGUCCAGAAUGAAACAGCAGAGUGUCAGGUUUGGAACUGGGACAACGGAGUCACUCAGAGAAAAUCAUACAGUGAUGAACACAUUACUGGUGACAGCAUUUUCCUGCCGUCUUCGCGAGUAGUGGCUUCAGAACUGCAACCAUUCAGUGACAGGUCAUCUGUGAUGCUUCCAGGGCAUAAUGAAGAAUUUAGUGUUGCUACUGGUGAAAUGUGGGCAGUGCCAGCAUUGGAAGACACAUUUACUUCUGAACAAGAAUUUCUUCCACCACACAGAUCAGAGCUCCAGAUGUAUAAGUGCCAUGCCAAUGACAAGAUUCAAAGCAGUGUCGAUGAGACGUUCUUGAAAUUACACGAUAGGUGCAACCCAAAUGGUGUACUGUCCCCAGACUAUGGAUUCUGUGAAGGUGAUGAUGCUGCAGGUCUCCCAACUCAAACUGCUAGCUUGACUGACAAAUUCUGUAAUGUAUUAGAUGAACACUGUGGUAUUCUCACACACGCAGAUUUCCCGAAAACUGCUAAAGGGAACCACGAGAGGUAUGAGAAUAUUUUUCAAAAAGAAGCUGAAUGUAAAGAAAAGCAAGCCAUUGAGAGAUUAUGUGAACUCUUGGAUGUUCAUAUACCUGAUAGUAACAGGAAAGAUAGAGAUAAGUGUUCAGAUACAUUGCUCCCAGCUGAUACCACAUUAACAAACAUCACUGAUACUGAUCAACCCAUAAACAGAAGGGUAGAGCAUACAAAGUUUCAACAGAAGUACAGAAAUAAAGUUGUCUUAGCAGCAGAUUCUCAGUUUCAACCAAUUUCACCAGAACAUGUAUCUUUAGAGGACACUGGAUGUAUUAGGAUGGCCCCACAAAAAGAUGCUGAGGCCAAGAAUACAGAAGUUUUGGAGUUUUCACACAGUGUUAUUGAUGGUACACUGCCUCCGAGCAGUGACGAAGAAGAAGAAGAAGAUGAUGAUGAUGAUGAUGAUGAUGAUGACAGCAGUUCUGAGUCAUUGUCCUCUGUUGUUACUGUUGUACCAAAUGCCUCUUGGGUCCCUCAGAACAUUCACCAAUAUCCAGUAGGAAACCAGAGCCAACAGAGAGGUAGCAGUGGAGGUGUAGGUGAAGGUGAAAGUGUUCCCUUCAACCAGCUCAAUGACCACACAUAUGCUAUAGUAGAAUGCCCACAAACAGACGAGCCUGUCAGUUGUGUGGCAAGAACAAGCUGCCAAAUGACUGUCUCUGUAAGAAACUUUGAUAACAAUGAGAGUAUAGAAACUGUGCUUCACACCUUGGGCAGUGACCAGUCGUACAGUGGGUCACAGUCAAAUUCUGAGAGUGCAGAUGGGAGCGGUUUGUCUGUAAAUGAGCCAUCCCUGCAAUUUUUGGAUGAUUUGGUGAGUAUGUCUGUUAUUGGGUCUUCUAAUAAUUUAGAGCACAAAAUCGUCAAAGGAUCAGGAGCACUAUUAGUCGACACAAACAGUUUCAGUAACACGACAGCAGAAACACAUCCACAGUGUUCCGAGGCUGUGCACUUGGACUGCAAACACAACACCAAUUUGAACUCAGUGCAGGAACUUACGGUCAUCAGUAAACUGCACGGACCUAGCUGUUAUGACACGAAAGCAAAAGGUAAUAACUUAUCUCUGAGCAGUCUGAUGGUAGUGCCUCGGUCAAAGAGAAAGAAAUGUUUUCGUAAAAAUGACACGGUUGCUGAGAAAAUUUUAUGUAGGACUAAGAAAAAGAUGUUAGACAUUCACAGAACAUCAGUUGGCGAAACUUGUUUACAAAUGAAGCCGUCAGAAGAAUUGUCAAGAUUAUCUUCUGCAGAAAAUAAACCAAUCCAAAGUAAUCUGACAGCACUCAGAUUUGAUAAUCUAGACCCAGUAUCACAGUAUACUAGCAAGAGGAGGAGGAAACGUGUCUCUGAACCCGUCGAGGCCUGGUUGCGAAAUACUAUUACGUAUUUCUCUGGUAUAAAGGACGAGCAUUUUGCAGGAGAAAUGUCAAAAGAUGUCACUUGUAAUCUGCCAAAAAAGGAACACGAUGCUCCAAGAGUCAGCCCAGUAUCGAUUUUGCCGAGAAAACGUUCAUUGCUCGAUAGCAGAAGUGAUGAGAGCUCUGGUACUGAAUUGUCAACUCGCCCAUCCAAAAGACGCAGAGGGACAUUGUGUGAUGAAGGAGGCGUAACAGUUCAGACAUACUCUAAAGGUGGCUGUUCUGUAAGUAAAAUGUCUAAAGGAGGAAAUGGAGCAGAAUUAUCUUGUACAUACUGUGGUAAGAAAUUUGACAGGGUUUCAAAGCUAACUGAGCACAUUGGCUCGCACACCCUGCCCUACCAUUGCUUAAUGUGUGGACGCCGCUUUGGGAGAGAGUCGCAGCUCACUACUCACGAGCAGCAUCUGUCCUGUUCGCCUCUAGAGAAAUGCCGCUAUAAAUGUGAAGGAUGUGGCCAGAAAUUUCUCCAGAGGAUAUGUUUACUUAGGCAUGUGGAAAAGCACACGGAACAGGACAAGAAGGAGCGAGUGGAGAAAUCGAGAUGCAAGGUUUGUGGAAAAGUGUUCGAUCAGGCAAAGCUGCUUCUGCAGCACGAGGGAGAACACAGGACGAAGGGGCGGCAGCACACGUGCAGGGUGUGUGGCAAGACAUUUAAGCGACAGGCCUUCUUGGCCAGGCACCAACAGCUUCACCGGGAGAAGGUCCACUUGGAGUGUGGCUACUGUGGGGACUGUUUCGAACUGAAGGACCGACUGAGAACACACAUUAGGCAGCACUUGAGGGACGAGACAAAGAAAGCUCUCGAACAAAAGCGGAAAGUGCAGCAAAAAGAAAAUAUGAUGGGAGAAGAGGUUGCAGGAUCCUUUCCCAUUAUCGAAAGGGAGCUCUCCCUGCUGAUCUGUUCCGACUGUGGCAAAAUUUUCCGCUGGAAGACGGCACUGCAGAGGCACUUGGCACAGCACAAGCGGGAGGAUCGCAGGAAAGCGGCACUCGAUGCCGGGCUAGCCCGAUUCCACUGUGACAAUUGCGGUGACAACUUUGCUUCCAGAGGCUCACUGCGUAGCCACGUCCGCCGACAUGUGUGUCAAAAAAUUAAUUUAUCAUCCGUGGAGGUGCAGCGCUCUCGACACCACUCCGGGUGCACCGGCAGUAAAGAAUGUACGUCACCACUGACGACUCCCAUCUUGCAGUAUAACUGCAGCAAGUGCCUCGCAGACUUUUCACAGCUGUCAGAGCUGCAGCAGCACUCCUGUGGUACGGAUGAUCGACGACCAUACACGUGUUACAUCUGUGACAAGGCAUUCCUAUCCCCGCGCCACCUGAGUCAACACAUGAGAGUCCACUUCCCACCCCACAAAUGCCGUUUUUGUGGAGACACUUUUGCCCGUAGAUACGAAUUGCUCUACCAUGAGUGGAGCCAUCGUGACCAUGAGCACUUCAGUACCAAAGAUAAAAAUGAAGGAAGCCCAAAUAGUUUAUAAAUGAAGCCUUUAUAUUUUCUUCAGAGUUCAGAUCUUUUUAUUUUAUUUAAAUAUCUUUUCCUGUGCUUUUAACAAAUUGGAAUUACCUUUUUCCCCCUUUGCUGAACCAGUGUGUAUUUUUGUAACUGUGUUGCCCAGACACUUGUUUUAUUAUUGUUGUUAUUGUUGUUAUUGCUGGUUAAAUGCAGUGCACGUUCACAGUGUACAGUUCUCAAGUCUCCAUCUGAUAGUGGCUCUCUUUGUUUGAAUUCUCCGUGGUAUUAGGCAAGUCAUUUUUAAAUGCGUGGCAUAUCUCACAACUGUACUACAUGCUGCCGUCUAUAAAAGUCUGUGCUGGUGCCAACACCUUUUCGUAUUUUUCAAAUGUGGGCACCUUGUUAGCCUGUAGUACAAUUCUUAAUUAGACCAGUUAUGGCUAAAUGUUUCCUUUAAUUGCGUGCAAUGUGAAUAGAUUGCAUGUCCCUUAUUGUCAGUCAGCAGACUGGGCACUGUCUGGUUUAGAUUUCAAGUGGAUCAGCAUUGAUUUCAGAGUACUACUAUGACAAUAGCAGCCAGGCUGCAUUGAAACUAGCAUGAAUUUUGUGUGCUACAAAACCUGAAAUAAGUUAACCUAGCCACAGAACCAUUGCUGCAGUUGGCACUGUUGUCUUAGUUGUAUUCUGCCAGCAUGACCACUUGAUGAAGUUUGACAUGCAUUGUCUCAUCGACUUGAAACUUAAAAUUAGCUAGUGUGAGGUCUGCAUCAAUUGUGUUUCCUCCAGCUGUGUGGUAAUGCAUCUUUCAUGUAGAACUAAAACCCCAUGUUUGCACAUUUCACCAGAGCUUGGUGAUGUACUCUGUUAACUAUUACCAGGACCAUUACACUUCCAAAAAAUUUCUGUUUCUAGUUAUCAAUAGACCAAGAUCGAAAAGUCUGUCUGUUUGAACGUGUUGCACAUCCUAAUGCACUCUUCAGAGAAUGAAUGAGGUAAAUGAUCUGCUCUGUAGACUAAAGUAGUUUACCAGACAGUUCUGAUAAGAUGUCUGUUCAUUAUGUUAUGUUUAUUGGAUAUUUAUAUUUCAUUUUUUAAUUAUUUGAUAUUUCUGCUCCUUUUAACUGCUAUUAAAUAUUGCCAAAAUAAAUACAUUAUGAUUGUCCUUAAGGAUGUUUCACACAGUACUGAUUACUUAGUUUGCUUACAUGUAUGCUAAUUUAAGAACUUCAUCUUGCAUUUGUAUAUUGCUAUUUUUUGCAGGAAAAUAUCAAAUUGUGAUCUCAAAUUAAUUAUUUUUGUGUAGUCAUAAACUGUACCUGAGAAAAAAAUGUUUAUUUUGUUGUAUUUUUGUAAUAAAUUGUAAGAAAUCAUA